AUGGCUAGUAACUCACCAAUUUUAGAAAAAACCAAUUUUGAAGAAUUAAGAACCAAAAACUUUAUAUUCAGACUCUUCGGGCUUCAUAUUAGCCACUCUAAAUCGCCAUUAUUGCAAAACUAUUUAUUUGGUAAAUCAGGAUUGAGUUGGAGAUAUGAAUUGUAUGAGAGCUCUGAUAUUGAUGCCUUCAAGAAGGUGUUACAAGGUGACGACUGCAUCGGAUCAGCUGUGACUAUGCCAAACAAGGUGGUGAUGACGGAGCACGUUGAUUUUGUCGACAACGAUGCCAAAGCAGUUGGUGCUAUUAAUACGAUUUAUACCAGAAAGGAGAAAGACACCGGUAAGACAUUGUAUAUCGGUACCAAUACUGAUACGUACGGAAUCCGUGAUUCAUUCUUGUACAAUGCACCAGAAGUGGUGGAGAAAUCGAAAAAAAGCGACAAACCAGGAUUGGUUUACGGUGGAGGUGGUGCAUGCCGUUCUGCAGUGUAUGCAUUAAACGAAUUUUUGGGAUGUUCGAAGGUUUAUGUGAUUAAUAGAUUUGCUCUGGAAGUGGAAGCUGUAAGAGAAGGAAUGGUCAAGGGAGGUUUCAAGGGAGAAAUCGUUCAUGUUUCCACUCCUGAGCAAGCUGCAUCUUUAGAGAAGCCAAACUUGAUUGUUUGUACUGUUCCUGAUUUUGCACCCCUGACUGACGAGGAAAAAACAGCCAGAGAAACUUUGGAGGUGUUUAUUGGCUCUCAGGAUAAAGGCGCUGUUUUAGAAAUGUGCUACCACCCUAAACCACUCACCAGAUUAUACAAUGAAUUCAAAGCAGCCAAGUGGCAGGUUAUUGGUGGUAUGGAAGCAAUGAUAUAUCAAGGUUUUGCCCAACAAUCCUUGUGGACUGGUUACAGUUUAGAAGAAAUGCCUGUUAAAGACGUAGUUGACUAUGUCUAUAAGAAUGCAAAUAACUAA